AUGGCACCAUCUGAUCCAGAAAGCAGCCCAGCACAACGCCUCACACGACAAAAGGCCAAACAACUCGACAGGGAACUUCCCUGGCGUGAGAUUGUGGCGAUGCCAAAGGCCCACAUUCAGAAGUUCCUGGCCGCCAUUGAAAAAGAAGCAAGCCGCACAACAGAACACCUUAUGUAUGCCCUAGCAGUGGCUGGCCUUAAUGGUGAGCUUGGAAGGAAUUCACUGAGAUGGAAGUGUUGGCUUGGCGAUGCAGCGACUGCCUUCCUUCAAGGGCAGCAACGUGAUCCAGAGAGGUGUUGCACCAAGAAUGAGUCCGGCAGGUUUGUUUUGAAGAUCGCGGUAAACAAAUUUUUUGAGACUGUGGACCCCUAUGUUCCCCCAAAGGGUCGGAUGCAGAAACCACCGAUCUUGACAGCUGAAGAACAUAAAGAGUUCAGAAGCAUUGCUGGCUUCUUGCAAUGGCUUGGAUCUCAAGCUCGUCCCGACCUAUGCCCAGCAAUUUCAUUGAGCAACCAUGGCCAGAGCACCGCAAUCCAUGAUCUGAAGACCUUGGCAGAGACGCUGCAGUUCGCUAAGGGCUUGGUUGCUGAGCCGCUUGACGUCACACUGGAUGCGAAGUUGGGCUGGGCUACUGCGUCCGAGUUCAAGGAUUUCAGAGUGAUCGUUGUCCGUGUACUUCCCGAGGAUGCCUGUCAAGAUGAUCAGAUCCGGCAAAGUCAGCUGAAGUUCUAUGGCCCGGUUUCUCAUCUUUCGCCAUUUCCUCAGACCACCUUGAUCGCCUCUGGCAUUGACUUGAGAAGCAUCGGGACGAUCCUUUGCUCCAGCCUCAGAUAUGGCUCUGAGCGUGGUGCGGCCGGUGCCCUUAGCGCCAUUGAUCGUAGAGAGCUGCCGUCUCCGUCCAAACUUCCAUCCACCACUCCCUUGAGGAAGAAGAGAUGUCGCCAACCAGCGGCGCCGUCAGCGUCAGCCAGUCUCCAAAUUGGAGUGAAGACUGGCCGUUGCCUGGUUGUGGCAUCGAGAGUUGCUGGAGCGCAAGCUGGUGUCAAAGAUGGUGUCAAGGUGCGAUUUGUCCGCAAGAUGCUCAUUAUCAACUUGGCAAAGCUGAACGCAUGGACAAGCUGUGCAGCACAUCAUGCAGCGCUUAUGGUGAACCAGUUUGCCGCAACUACGGCAUAUGAAAUGCAGAUGCUGGCAAACAUGGCUUGCUUCGCAAAGAAUUCGCUGGCAAGACGCUCUGGUGCUUCACCUUGUUGUCAAUGGGCCCAUGGCAGAAACUCCAUUCUCUCCGAGCCAGAUGCCAUAGAGGCCAAGGAGGUCAUCGAGGACUGUGAGCGCCAUAGAGGCCAUGGAGAGGUCCUGUGGAAGCUGGCGCCAAAGUGGCAUACUCAAAUUGUGAUCACCGUUGACCCGACUCCCACUGGGUCGGUGUGGCUGCGAAAUCGCCGAGGGCGUGUGGUACAAGUGGCAAGGGAGUCAGCGGAGGAUUUGACGGCCAAGCAUGCCGCUGCACAUGACCAUCGUGUACCCGCACCUGCGGCUUUGGAAGAUCGGAUCGUCUUGGAUCCCGCUGGGCAACCUCAAGCAAUUGGUGAUCAGCCUCUGGCGAUUGUGCCUCUUCCACUACCACCUCUACCUGAAGCACCUGAAACUCUAACAGCUGAAGUUCCUGUGCCAGCAAUGCCAAGAACAAGACGCCAGAAGCAGCUUGCGGACAUGCCCGCAUCGCCUGCAACACCUGCCAAGCAGCCCAAUCAACAACAACCUGCAGACGAUACUACGGCCGUUGAUGUGCAGUCUGGCGCAGUGUUGAAUGGUGGUCGAGUUAAACCCGUGUUGAGCGGUUAG